AUGAAUGCAUUCGAUCAAAAGAAGUCAGCAAUACUUAGAGAGAUCUCCAGUAACUCAUCCCAGUCUCCUGAUGCUUCCCCAAAGGGUACAAUUGACGAAUUAUGUCUUCCCAUAAUAGAGGUGAUCAAUUCACACCCUGAUAUGGUGACCACGUCGCUGUGCUCUGGAAGAGUCUCGGUAUUUCUAGAGGGUAUCAAGACAAAUUUUCAAAUUGGUGCCAAGGGCAAUGAAGGACGGUGGCUCUUUGUUACACACCACCCAGAGGACCUACCGAUGUGGUACAAAAAGAUCGAGUUCGAGUACCGAGAAUCCCAACCUUCAGAGAUGAAUGAAACACAGAGGUACAUUCUAUUCAAGUUCGAACCACUUAUAUUGCAUGUCAAAUGCCGUGACCUGGAGUCUGCAAACUUGCUUUAUUCAACUGCCAUGGCUUGCGGAUUCAGAGAGUCUGGCAUAGGUAGUAACAAUAUAGUUGGCAUCCGCACUGCAAUCAAGCUUGACGUUCCAUUUGGGUGUCUUGAAGGGGAAACCUUAGUUUCUUUUGUGUCAGAGGCAUAUCUUGAAAUAUUGACAAAGCUUUCUUUGGAUAGAUUCACCGAAAACUUCAAAAAGAUGGACAAACUUAAAGAAGCGUUAGUCAUGAUGGGUCUGACGAAGAAAAACCAAGCGCAAAUCGAAACGAAGGAAGAACGUAGAUUAAGAAAAAUGAAUGAAGGUUUGGCAAGGAGGGAAGCAAUUAAGGAGGAAAAAGAAAGGAAAAGACAGUCUCAAAAUAACGAAUAG